AUGAGACUCGUGCCUGCGACAGCAGCCCCAUGUCUGGCGUUUUUCGCCUUGGGUGUUUCUUUCUUUGACGUCGUUUCUGCCGGACCCUCCAGACGCGGCCAAACACUUCAACAGCGUGCGGCCGCGUUUGCCGCACCUUUCGCGCACCAGUAUGAAAACGUUGGGAACUAUUACCAGAGUGACUAUCCAGACUACUCAAGCAAUGAGGCGCCUCACGAACUUUAUUCCCACAAGUACCACAGUGGUAAGAAAGGCGGCUACACAACGACAACAACAGCACCUCACCUUCCAGUUCAGAUGGUAACGGAGUGCUUUCAAGUCCCUUACAGCAUCAACAAAACAUGCUAUAAAGAUGAGAUUGUAAGCCGCCCGUACAGCUGUCCGUCGUCCGGUGCCGAGGAGGUUUGCCGUGCCGUUCAAGAGGAGGCAUCAGACACGUGCUACCGGGUUGUCCAGCGCGAGGUGCAGUAUGAAUGCCCUAAGCCGCAGAACCAAAAGCUCUGCUCCCAGAUACCGGUGACCAUUGCAAAGACAUGCAGGAAAACGAAGAAGGAAAAGAUCGUCAGCAGCUGUCCCAAACCUGUGCAAGUGCCCGAAUGCGAAGUCCAGGCGCGCUCGGUCCCUGAUACAUGCUACGAGUCCACCGCCGUCACGGAGGAAUACGAAUGCUGGGGAACAGAGUCCGCUAUGGAGUGCGACGUCGAAAUGCACGAAUAUCAAGGGCAGUGCACUCGAGAAGUACAGGUUCCUGUACCGUAUGAUUACCAGGAGACUGUACCUGAGAAGCAGUGCUCGAAGAAGCUGCAUACGAAGAAUGGCGUAUGCAUGAAGACGAUUCAGGAGGAGGAGCAGUACCCUUGCCCUGAAACGAAGUGGGAGCAAAGAUGCACGCCAACAACCAAGCUAGUUCAGGAACCCUGUGACAAGCCCGUUGUUGCUCAAGAGACAUACGACUGCAGCGAGACACGCAAGGAGCAAGUUUCGAAAACAUGUUCCCGCCGCGUUCCGAAGAAGACCGCCGUUGAGCGAUGUGACGCGCCACAAGGCAAGAAGCAUGAGUACCAACCGAUGGGCAAGAAACUUCGCCGUCUCGGGCCGCAUAAAAAGGGAGGCUUAUGCCGGACAGUGGAGAUGGUGACUGAGGAAAUCGAAACGUACCCGUGCACAGAAGAAGUGGCUGUCGUCGUACCUAAAGUAUGCUCACGAGACGUGACGCGUACAGUCACCCAGAUGUGCAACCGUCAGGUGCCAGAUCAGACAUGCGCCAUGGAGUCGGUCUCUGUGCCAAAGAUGUGUUCUCGAACAGUUCCGAAGAACGUCGAAGUCCCCUGCAGCAGCCAAAAGGAGGAGGAAGUGUGCAACGAUGUUCCCCGUCACGUAUCGAAGCAGGGGUAUAGAUUCGAGACAAAGGUAGAGACGUAUCCUUGCCCGAAACAGGAGUUCGCUGAGCGGUGCUAUGAGGUGAAACGUCCGAAGAGGCAUAUCUGUCAGGCGACAAUAUUUGAAACGAAGGAGAAAGUAUGCACCCGGCAGGAGUUCCAAGAGGUAUGCCGGGAUAAGGAGCAGCCCCUGUCUCAGCCCUGCUUGGAAGAACGCGAAACACAAAUCGAAAUUCCGUGCAAAGACCACACCACGGAGGAGAAGUGUAUCAACGUUCCCAUCUAUACAAUGGGCUUGUGCUCGACUAUAAUCGAAGAAGUUGAGGAGUAUUCGUGCACGAAGACAGAGCCGGCGAUUCAGUGCCAGAGCAUGCCAACGGAGCGUGUUGGGACAUGCUUCCGCGAGGAAACUCAAACCGUGCCGUACGACUGCUAUGAAAAAGCCUACGAAGAGAAAUGUGUGCAGCUGCCUGUGACCCAGCCUCCGGCACCGAAACCCCAGAAGAAGAAACCUGCCAAGAAAUAG